UCAUCAUCAACCUUCCUUCUUCUUCUUCUUCUUCUUCCUCUUCUCAAUCAUUUCUCAAGAAAAUCACAAAUUUUCGCAAGAGAAUACUCACAAGCACGACGCUAGAAUCAUAAUCUCCUCUUCGAUUCGUCAUGAUUUUAUUUUCUUGAUUUUGCGAUCAGAUUCUUUCGUAUAGUUUGUAUAUAUUAUACACCAAUUAUACACUCAUCAUCAUACAUAGAUUAUGUGCAGCGUCUUUGAGCUUCUUGAGAUGGACAACUUUCAAGGAGACUUAACCGACGUCGUACGAGGAAUCGGAGGCCACGUGUUGUCGCCGGAACUUCCUCCUCCUCCGAGCAUAUGGCCUCUUCCACCACCAUCUCCGUCAGAUCUUCAUAUAAACCCCUUCGGAGAUCCCUUUGUGAGCAUGACCGAUCCUCUCCUCCAAGAACUCAACGCCGUCACAAACUCCGGCUAUUUCUCCCCUGCCGGAGAUAACAACAACAGCAACAACAGUUUCUUGGUUCCUAAGGUAUUGGAAGAGGAUCAUAUAAAGAGUCAAUGCAGUAUCUUCCCAAGAAUCCGGAUCUCGCAUAGUAAUAUCAUCCACGAUUCCUCUCCGUGUAAUUCGCCGGCCAUGUCGGCUCACGUUGUCGCCGCCGCAGCUGCCGCCUCGCCGAGGGGGAUCAUCAACGUCGACACAAACAGUCCUAGGAACUGUCUAUUGGUAGAUGGUAACACGUUCUCGUCUCAGAUUCAGAUAUCUUCCCCUCGGAAUCUAGGCCUUAAGAGAAGGAAGAGCCAGGCAAAGAAGGUGGUGUGUAUACCGGCGCCGGCUGCAAUGAACAGCCGGUCAAGCGGAGAAGUGGUUCCGUCUGAUCUAUGGGCUUGGCGUAAGUACGGUCAAAAACCCAUCAAAGGCUCUCCUUUUCCAAGGGGUUACUAUAGAUGCAGCAGCUCAAAAGGUUGUUCAGCAAGAAAGCAAGUCGAGAGAAGCCGAACCGAUCCAAACAUGUUGGUCAUUACAUAUACUUCCGAACAUAACCAUCCUUGGCCUAUCCAACGCAACGCUCUCGCCGGUUCCACACGCUCCUCCUCCUCCUCCUCUUCCCCUAACCCUAAUUCCUCCAAAUCCUCAGUCGCAAACGCAAACGUAAACGCAAACGCAACCGCUUCAUCUAGUUGCUCCCAAAACAACCCUCACUUGCCUUCCUCAUCGACCACUCCUCCUCCUCUUUCAGCCUCCGCCGUCAAGGAUGAACAUCAAGAAGACGAUAUGGAGUUGGAAAAUGUAGAAGACGAUGAAGAUAAUCAGAUUGCUCCUUAUAGACCGGAGCUUCAUCAUCAGCACAACCAGCCAGAUGAUUUCUUCGCAGAUCUUGAAGAGCUAGAAGGAGAUUCUCUUAGCAUGUUGCUUUCUCAAGGCUGCUCCGGCGACCGGAACAAUAAAACGACGGCGUCGGACGGGAUCAGCGAUUUCUUCGGUUGGUCGGGAGAAAAUAAUAAUAACGACGACCAGGACUCAAGGUCGUUAUAGAUAGUGUUAACUACAGAAUAAAAACUUUAAUUUAUAAUAAAGUUGGGUUAAUGAGCUGGUUACUUGAGCGACCGUAAAAUGUGU